AGCCUGUCAGGGUUAAGAGACGCAGGCAUGCUGCGUCCUAAGGCUUUGAUGCAGGUGCUAAGCCAAGCCAACACUGGAGGACUCAAAAGCACCCUGCUGCUGAAUAAUGAGGGAUCGUUGCUGGCCUACUCCGGUUAUGGGGACACAGAUGCCCGGGUCACCGCGGCCAUCACCAGUAACAUCUGGGCCGCAUACGAUAGGAACGGGAACCAAGCGUUUAAUGAAGACAGUCUCAAAUUUAUCCUCAUGGACUGCAUGGAGGCCCGUGUAGCCAUUACCAGGGUGGCCAACCUUCUGCUAUGUAUGUAUGCCAAGGAGACUGUAGGCUUCGGGAUGCUCAAGGCCAAGGCCCAGGCCUUGGUGCAGUACCUGGAGGAACCCCUCACCCAAGUAGCAGCCUCAUAAUAGUGUGAUGGAGGCUGGAGUGGAAAAGGGAUGGUGACUGGGAAAAGCAGGGCCCCGGAAACGCCUCACUGGGCUGGGUGAGGGCUUGCUUUUUUCUAAAUAAAGUUUCAACUCU